AUAUAUUUUAGCUAACAGAUUUAUUGAUACAAAACGAGCACUGUUGUUGAUUGGGAUAAACCCAAAAAGACUGCGAUUCUGUAGCUUGCAUUUUUUCUUGCGGCAAGCACGGUUUUUCUCUGCAGCAUAAGGAGUAAAUAAUCGUCAAUGCGUGUGGUUAACUGUGAAUAGGCCAGUUAGUUUACCCUUUAGCCUCUCUUCCAAGCAAUCUGUUUCUGUAUCAUGAAAUGCAGCAACCAUUAUGCUUUUGCAUAUUCAGAUCUUAAUCAACAGGCCUCGGAGAAAUUUGUGUUGCUAAGGAUUUUAAUACUUGGCCAAGCCAUUAUCUUCUUUUAGGAAUGUGUAUCAUAGUAUCAGGACCUAUACAAAAUGGUAAAAGGAUUCCGAGUCACGGCUGAUGGAAGGAAGAAAUGGUUUCGGUUUUGGUCACAUUUUAUCAUAUGCAGCCGUGAAUUGCAUACUUCUUAAACUGACCGAUUGAAGCCAAAUCAAAUAAGCUUCAAUCAAAUAAAUAAUCGAUCACAAACAUUGAGACGGCUAGCAGAGUCUAUUUGGGAAGUGGAGACCAAUUCUUUUAGAAACCGUAUACUUGAGCCCUUGAGACUGCAGAGAUCUACAGAAUGCAAACCUUGCAGGUCCUGUAACAAUCUCCUUGUCAUGGGAUGCUUCAUUGGUGAUUAGUAAAUUUAAGAGGGUAGGAAAGCUGCUGAAAACUAGAAAAUAAUUUCUGUAUACAGAUGACGAACCUCGGAGACAAAAGCUCACUGAUUGAGGUUUAGUGAUAAGGAAAUGUUGACUCCUUUCAUAACGUAGCACAAAGAAACCAGAAGUACAAAAUGAUUUGAUGUCAUUGACCCCAGCUAUAAGCUUGAUUCCUUCAUCAAAGAGACAAGCAAGUCCGACCAUCAAGGCAGGACAAGCACAAAAGUUAAUGCCCAUUUUUAUAUGUCUUGUGCUGAUGAACUACGAAGUUUUAUAAUAUAUUUGGCCAGGCAAAUUUGAUCAAAAUCAGUUCACCUCAUCGGCUGUCCUGUAGUACUAAAAAACUUCACCACUUCAGUGUUCAGGCAUAGAGCUUGUUAGAACUUGAGAGGAAAAAAUGGUAAUGUCUGCCUUCAAUGGCGGUGUUGAAUCAAAUUGGAAACAGAUGAAGAACUUCGGAUUGCAUAUGCUGGCUAGCAGAUUGUUCAUGGUCUUCGCUACCUUGUUAAUCAUGUCUGUCAAUGGUUCAUCUUAUAUGUUUGGUCUAUACUCGAAUGACAUCAAAUCAGCAUUAGGCUAUGAUCAGACCACACUCAACUCGAUAGCCUUCUUCAAGGACUUGGGUGGUAAUCUCGGAGUCUUGGCAGGGCUCAUCUAUGAGAUUGCACCUCCCUGGGUUGUUCUCUUAAUUGGUUCAGCCAUGAACUUUUUUGGGUUUUUCAUGAUUUGGCUAAGUGUUACUGGUCGUGUAGCCAAACCCCAUGUCUGGCAUAUGUGUUUGUACAUGUGGAUUGGCUCAAAUUCACUGUCGUUUCCAAACACUGGAGCAUUGGUUACUUGUGUUAAGAAUUUCCCUGAAAGUAGAGGCGUUACCAUUGGCCUCUUGAAGGGUCUUAUUGGGCUCAGUGGCGCGAUAAUGACACAAAUCUACCAUGCUUUCCAUGGUGAUGACACAAAAGCUCUUAUCUUGUUAAUUGCUUGGCUUCCAACUGCUGUUCCGGUGUUUUUUCUUCCAACCAUUCGGAUUAUGAAGGUUGUUAAACAAGCAAAGGAGCUCAAAGUUUUCUAUAAUUUCCUCUAUAUUUUGCUUGGCCUAGCUGGAUUUAUGAUUGUGACAAUUAUAAUUCAGAACAAGUUCAGGUUUACUAGAAGUCAGUAUAUUGCGAGUGCAUCAGUGGUUGUUAUUUUUCUCUUCAUUCCACUUGCUAUAGUUAUAAAAGAAGAAUUCUCCAUCUGGAAGAGCAAGAAACAAGCUUUGAAAGACGAUCCUGAAGUUAAUGUUGUAACCGAGAAUCCAUUAAUAGUUGCAGCAUCAGAAGCAAAACCGACUUUCCAGACAAUUUUUGGCUUAAAAAAUGUUGUCAAGCAACCUGACAGAGGCGAGGACUAUGCCAUACUGCAAGCGGUUUUCAGCAUUGACAUGCUAAUUCUGUUCACGGCAACAACUUUUAGCGUUGGUGGGGCUUUAACUGCCAUCGAUAACUUGGGUCAAAUCGGAAAGUCAUUAGGCUAUCCUACUCACAGCAUUGCCACUUUCAUUUCUCUUAUUAGCAUCUGGAAUUUCCUCGGACGAGUCCUUUCAGGUUUCGCCUCUGAAAUCUUGUUAACAAAGUACAAAUUCCCUCGUCCUCUAUUGCUAACUCUAGUGAUUCUCAUCUCAUGCCUCAGCCAUCUUUUCAUCGCCUUCCAUGUUCCGAAUUCUCUUUAUUUUACCUCAGUGAUUACAGGGUUCUGCCUCGGAGCACAAUUAUCAUUAGUAGUAGCAAUCAUUUCAGAAAUAUUUGGCCUUAAACAUUACUCCACACUGUACAAUGUUGGAGCUGUUUCGGGCCCGGUUGGGUCAUACAUUUUUAACGUGAAAGUCGCUGGUCGUCUGUAUGAUCGAGAGGGUUUGAAGCAGAUGGCAGCGUUGGGGCUCACCAGGAAGGCCGGCCAAGGCUUGAAUUGCUCCGGCGUGCAGUGUUAUAAAAUGUGUUUUAUUAUAAUCACAGCGGCUACAUUCUUUGGGUGCCUUGUUUCAUUUAUUUUGGUGAUUAGGACACAUAAAUUUUAUAAAGGUGAUAUUUACAAGAAGUUUAGAGAGGAAUGUAUUAGUAUAGAGAAUGGUAUGGACUUGGCAGAAAUGGCAGCCACAGCCACCGAUGGUGCCGCAGCAGCCAGUGGUGUCACCGGCAACAAUGUUGUGGGUAACAACCAACAGAAAUUGAUUAAUUCUGUAGAUAAAGCACUGAGGAUUUAGUGAGAAUUUGGGUCAUUGAAAUAGUAAUUUAUGUUUUUU